AUGCACAUUGCACCAACUUUUAAAGGCUACUUAGAGUCUGAGAUGGAUGCACUUAUCGUGCUUCAGGGCUGCUUGGAUGGGAAGUUAAAGUUUGUGAACAGAAGGCCCUCAGAUAUUGAGAGACCAUAUUUGAUUGCACCAGGCAACAUAUUUGUUUUCAGGGAAACACAGUCUGGGAUCAAAAGAUGGACAGAUGGUAUCACUUGGUCUCCUUCAAGAAUAUCCGGUAGAUUCUUGAUAUAUAAGGAGUUGAAUAAGAGAGCGCCCAGACUGUCUAUGGGUAUGGGCGCUGAUCCGUCGAUGAUGUCUGGUGCAAUGCCAGGUAGAUUUGACGAGAAGGCAAUCUUACCAGUGGUAUACACUGGUUUUGUCAAGAAGACGUUCUCUUUCAAGAUGAAGAUUGAGAAACUAGACAAGGAGACGGACUCCUCUGUCUCAGGAAAUGAGAAGAAUAAGAAAGCCAAUAAUGGUACAGAAACAUUUCACAUUGUUUCUUAUUAUUUUGAGAAUGAUGUCAAAGAUAAAUUAAUGGUAAGACCAACCCAAACGGCGUUGAAUGAUGAAGUAACUGUUGAUGAAGAAAUAUUAAAAGUAGUUGACAGUUUGCCACAAAACAAUGGUAAAAGUGGCCACUCCAAUUCCCCACACACAUCUAACAUAUCAUCUCCAAAUGUUACGAAUAACUCAUCAGCUUUAUCGUCUGGUAUGGGAUCUCCAAUUACUACCAACUCAUCCAUUUCGCAUUUGAAGAGGAAGAGUAGAUCAGAGGAAAAUGGCAACGGAAUGCCAGAUGGAUAUGACUAUUCAAAAAGAUUUAAGUAUGAACCCAAUGCUUUGUCACAGCCUCUGACCACAGCUACUACCGUUGCUACGACACCUGUUUACAACCAUUUACAAGCACCCAUGAUCAAGAGGUCGCCAUAUUUUGUAGAUGUUGGUAACAACAACGUCCCAAGCGCAGGUGUGUUAGAGAAGAGUUACUCUGAUAGUAACAUAAUUUACUUACCUAAACCUAUCAGUAGUAACCAACAUGAAAAUAACCAGAAUAGAGUCCUGUUGCUACCAUGCUAUGAAUCAAUAAUCCCUCCUCAAAUGAAGAAGGCUCCUCAUCCUGAGCAACUUUACAUGCCCUUCAAUGGGCACGAGAGGGUUAUUAACAUGACGCAACAAUAUGAACCAUUGGAAAAAUGUUACGACUCCCAAUACAGAAAUAUUACGGAUUCUGUUAAUUUGGCCAUUCCAAAGGAUGUCGUCACUCAAGGUACGGACUUGUGUUUACCAAGGUUCAUCCCUCCUCUCUCGGUUGCUAGAGGCAAAGGAGACCAAAACUCUCAGUUAUUCAUGCAAUCUCAAUCAUCGUAA